AUGUCACAGCACAGGCAGUCCCUCGUGGACGGCCCCGCGAGCUCACGGGCGUCCAUUGUGAGCGUAGCGCAGCUGCCGCGCCGGACCGAGACGGGCGAUUUCAACCGCGCCCUGCCCCGGAUGCCGCUGCGCGUGCCGCAAAAGAAUGCCCGGCGCAGCCUGCCGCCCGGCGGGAUACCACCGGUGUCACCGCACAACCUGCCGUCUCCCACCGAGAGCACCCUGUACCCGUCCGAGCCCCCAACCCCGACGUCGCCGCCCGUCUCGCCGCUCAAGCUGACAGCAGCGGCGUCAUCGGAGACGAGCGAGCUGAACAGCCCGUCCGGGUCGAUCCUGGCGCUGCAGAAGCUGGCGGACGGCGAGAAGCCGGCGGACGACAAGGAGUGGCUCGACCACCGGCGGCGGCGGUGCCGGUUCAUGCUCGUCGUGGGCGUCUUCAUGGCCGUCGUGGCCGGUCUCGCCGUCGGUCUCGCCGUCGGCCUGAGCAACGGCAAUGCCAAGUACAGCACACCGUCGUCGUCCACCACCACCACCACCACCGCCGCCGCCGCCGCCGUCUUCCCCGCCGGCGCGUACAGCUUCGACACGUACCUCCGCGAGAACAGCACCGGCUGCACCUCACGCGCCUCCACGUGGCGCUGCUACCCCGAGACCGGCGGCCCCGGCUCCCGCGCCACCUUUCACUGGACCGUGCAAUCCUCCGGCCCCGGCCCCUCCUCCUACUACGUCUCCGGCACCGGCGAGGAGCCCUUUGGCCCGACCUUUGCCAACUUGCCCGCCACCAUCCUCGACGCCGACCGGCCGACCGAGCGCCUCACCUUUGCCUUUGCCGCCAACGCCACCGUGACGCCGGCCGACGGGGGCCGGGUGGCCAACUGCACGUACACGGGGGUCGUCUUCCGGGCCACGCUGUGGACGCGUCGCCGGGGAGGGCAGGCGUUCGCGGCGCCCACGCACCAGGCGGCGUACGCGCCGUGGCCGGGUGACCUGGAGGUGGUGCAGUACAAGAACUCGACGAUUGGCGAGCCCGUGUGCGUUGAUGCGCAGGGGAGGGGCGUGGCGGACGUGCAGGCGGCGGGAGGGAGCUGUCUGUGCCGGUACACGAGCACGUCCCUGAGCUGA